AACCGUAGCAUAUCUCUCGCGAUACUAUAACCUCACAGUCGAUAUUUUCAUUCGCUGCUGCCAAGUUGCGAUUAUUAUUCGUGCAACAGUUAAUCGAAGAGCAUCUUCGAUUUUUCACGUUAAGAGAAACUCUUGCCUUUGUCGGUGUAAAUUCGAUCCUUUUAAUUUUUUAUUUUAAGCACUAAUCAUGCCGAGAGGUAAAUAUGUCAAUCACAAAGGACGCAAUCGUCACUUCACCAGCCCUGAAGAAUUAGAAGAACAAAGACGUCAAGAAGAAGAAAAGAGAAAGUGGAGAAAGAAUAAAGAUGAAUCUUCUAGCGAAGAAGAAGAAGAAGAUGCCAAAGCUUCGGGAAGUAAAAAAAGAGACUCAGAUUCUGAUGAUAGCGAAAACAGUGAUAGUGAUUCUGAUUCAGAUGAGGGCAAAGCCAAGGGUGUUGAAAAUUUAAUAGAAGUAGAAAAUCCAAACAGGGUACAAAAAAAGGUUAAAAAAUUGUCAACUUUGAAUGCUGAGCUUGCUAAUGCCAAGCCUGAGCUGUCCAGAAGAGAACGAGAACAAAUAGAAAAACAACGAGCUCAGGUACAUUACCAGAAACUUCAUGCUGCUGGUAAAACAGAUGAAGCUCGUGCAGAUUUGGCUCGUUUAGCUAUUAUUAAGCAGCAACGCGAAGAAGCAGCUAAAAAACGAGAAUUAGAGAAAAAAGCUAGAGACUUAGCUGCACAAAAACAAAAAGAUAUGACAAGCAAAGCUCUGGGUAAAAGGUCUUAAAAAGAUCCUUAUGUUCCUGUGUUAUAGGUGUAUCCUAACGAUAGGAACACCAUUUAAAUUGAUGCACCAUAAAAAACUUUUAUGAUGUUAACUAAUUUAGAUUACGUAGUCUACAUUCAGGUGACAUCAAAAAAUGUAAUCUAUGGUAUGUCCAAAUGAAGAAAUUUCUCUGAAAUAACGCAUGGUCAAUUUAUUUUUUGUUUAAAUUUGGAACAAUUAUUUAUAAAUUAUUAAGAAGUAAAACUUCGACUGUGCUGAAAUUU